GGAGCAGCAGGAGGGGUGGGAUGCAGAACUGAACAGGACAUACUGAAGGGGAAAAUAGAGGGAACGCUAAUGCUACAAAAUAUGGAGUCUUGCCCGAUGUACAUGUGUGUGUUUUACAAUACAUUGAUGUAGCCUGCCAAUAUUUUAUAUUUAUUUGAACUCACAACUUUUUUUUGUGUGACAUCUGCAAUGAUGAGGGUCGGGGUUUUGAGCAGGACCGCAGCGAUUGUGCUCUGUCUUUUGGGAUGCAAUGUGUGGAAAGCGGUAACCAAAACCCUGCAAGAUGACAACGCUCUAAAAGAGGUGACUCUGAAGGUUCACCUGAGUGAUGCCAGCACCCACCAGCCCCUGGGCGGAGCCACCAUCGAGCUCUUCACCAACCACACCUCUGUAACCACAGAGACCUCUGCUGCCGACGGCAAUGCCUACCUGCGUUUUCCCUACCGCCUUGGAACCCUGCUGGUUGUCACAGCAACCAGACAGGGAUACGUGCCAAAUUCUGCCCCCUGGAGACCCACCAGACUGCCCGUGUUUUCCUCUCUCAGUCUGGAGCUGCUACCAGAGAGAGCUGCCACUCUGAUGGUGUAUGAAGACCUGAUACACAUUAACUCUGGAUCCCAAGGAUCGAGGGGUCAGUCCUGGGUUCAGUUCCAGCGUCGAGCCCUGAGCCUCCCUCCCAACUCGUCCUACAGCAAUCUCACUGCCCUGCUGACUGUGGCCAACAACCCCAACCACAUCCAGCACUUCCCCUACCUACAGGGCCUGGGGGGCAAUGGAACAGGAAGUGAGCGUAGGUUUGAGCUGACUCCAGUGGCGGCCAUCUCUGUCCACCUAUUUGCCAGCGAGGGGGUGGAGCUCCAGGUGAACUGCCCAAUCAGCAUCUCCAUCUCUCUACCGGCCAAUAGCGGCCUGAAGGAGAACCAACACAUCCCAGCCUGGAGGUUCGACCCCAGUCUAGGGGCCUGGUUGAAGAGCAGUCUGGGCUAUGUCCAGAGGGAGGGAGACCAGCUCAGCCUAACCUACAUCGCCCCUCAACUGGGAUACUGGGUGGCUGCCAUGUCCCCACUAGACACAGGUCCGGUGGUGGCAAAGGACAUCAGUACGUACCACACAGUCUUCCUAUUGGCCAUAAUGGGAGGCAUGGCUGUCAUCCUCCUCUGCCUGCUCUGUCUACUACUGUACUACUGCAGGCGUGGUUGUGUGAAGCCUCGUCUGUCCCAGCGGAAGCUGACUCUGUCGUCUGGUCUGAAGGGCAGUAAGAGAGACCAGUCCACCUCUAUGUCCCACCUCAUCAGCAGCGAGGUUCAUUUGGAGCUGGUCUCUACGACAGCAGAACCCGACAUGACCACACCCAUGCUCAAACCCUCCUCCUACGAUCGCCAUGACCUUGUCUCCCAUGGCAACCACAGUCGCAUGUCUCUAGGAAACCACAGCCGAAGUCGUCAUGGCUCGUCGCUAGGCAACCUGACGCCGCGCAGCAGAGACUACCGUCAGUCUGUGGAGACGUUCCCGUUUAAGUCAGCCCUCUCCGCCGGGACGGAUGCCGGCUACCGCCAAUCAUACACCUCUAUCUGCUCAUCCAUCAAUCAGCUCCCAGAUAGACUUUCCUCCUCAAAUCAGGUGCAGGUGUCGACAAGUCAAUUGAGUGGUGUUGGGGAGGGCGGGACUAGUGUGCGUGAGGCUACCUCGCCCUGCUCCCCACCUGUCUCCCCUAUCAGAGGGGAGGGGUGUGAGCGCAGACCCCCAGACUACCUCCUGUCCCGGUCUGUGGACCACCUGGGCUCCCUGCCCCUCUCCCUCCCCAGGCCGGGCCAGCUGCUGUGCUGUGGCUCCGUGGACCUGCUGAGUGGAGGAGACGGUUACCCCAGGAGGAUCCGGCCCACCCUGGUGAUCCCAGCCCACUACAUGCGCCUGCCGGGGGAGCACCCGCUGUGUGGCCAGGCCCUGUUCUUACAGACUGACCAGCAGAGUGACCUGGAGACCAUCCAGGCUGAGCUCAACGCCUCACACUCCCAGCAGCCCCUGGGGCAAACACACGCCGAUUAUGCUAUCGCCUCAGCCAACCAGGGACAAGGAGAGGGGCAAGGGGAGUGGAGCAGCCUAUCAGAGUCCCUGUCUAUCCCGACAGCACUUGGGGAGUCUGGGAUUAUGCAAAUGAACGGCGAGGACACGCUAUUGGCUGAGAGGAAACUGAUGGAACUGCGGGGAGGGAAGCCCCUCACACACCCGCGCGCCUGGUUCGUCUCAUUGGACGGUCGUUCUAACGCCAUCAGACACUCUUACAUAGACUUGCAGCGGGCUGGGCAAGCCAAGGGGAAUCCAGGUGGAGGAGGUAGCCAUGGUAACAACAGUGGUGGUAGACAUGUCAACGGAAACGACGCAAGUCUGGACUCCGGGGUGGACCUGAAUGAGCCCAGAGCAGGGCGGAGGGGGAGGGAGGUAGAGAGGAAGGUAGGAGAGAGGGAAAGAGAGAAAGACAGAGAGAGGGGGAGGACAAAGAGCGGCCCUCCUGCCAUGGCCUACACCAAGCUGGUAUAUGUGGAUGACCUGGAGGGGGAGACUCCUGAGUGUAGCCCCCAGGACAGCCCUUUAGGUCCAGGGUUGCAGAACACACAGGGACAUCAACAAGUAGAGGAGGAGGACAGAGGAGAGGAAGAGGAACACAGAGGAGAGGGGAUGAUACAGGAAGAGGCUCCUUCACCCCUCUCCUCCCCCUCAUCCUCAUCAUCCUCCUCCUCUCCACCCCCACUCACAGAGACCGAGGGCGUGGUCUUCAGGACUGAGCAUGACCAACCGGCCCUAUUGUCUGUUGCUCCUGACGACCACGGAGAGGAGGAGGAGGAGAAGAAGAGCCCCUGGCAGAAGAGGGAGGAGCGCCCCCUAUUGGCAGUCUUUAACCUCAAAUAACCUCUGACCCUUGAACUAUAACUUUACUUCCCCUCCCACCACCCCACCCCAGAGUGACAUGAAGAAGGAUUGGCCAGCUAUAGAUCCAGAUCAUUCAGGAAGUACAUCUGCACUGGGAGCUAAAUGGAACUCCAUACAUUCUAAUGUUUAAUCCUUCCUGUGUAUAAUCAUAGCCCCACACUACAUGGACAGGCCACUGACUAGACAUGCCAUAGAGACUUUGUCUGAGUGAUACUGAUGCACUCCUGAACUAAAAACAAACUUAACAACGUCAGAGAACAUGUAAUGCACAACUGCUAUGCCUUUAGUAAAUUAGCUGUGUCAGCAAAAAGGGGCUGUAGAAUAAAGUAAAAGCAAUAUGGCGGAUGUCUACUGGCAGGUCUAGGUAGAAGGAGUAGUAGUGUUUUCAGAUCAGUAACUAGGACAGGAUAUACAUACAGCAGGAAAGGAAGCUACUCUAAUGUAUAAUGCUGCCCAGAGGCACAGAUCUACGAUCAGUUUUCCCCCCACAAGUCUUAAUCUGGGCGGCAGGUAGCCUAGCAGUUAGAGCUGUGGGCCAGUAACGCAAAGAUCGCUGGUUCGAAUACCCAAGCCAAGACGGUGAAAAAUCUGUCGAUGUGCCCUUGAGCAAGGCACUUAACCCUGAUUUGCUCCAGGGGCGCCGUACUACUAUGGCUGCAUCUAUCCAGUGUAUGUGACACUAAAACAUAUUUGGUUAGGUUUCCAUUUCCAACGUUAGGGUACCUUAGUGUGUGUGUAACUUCAGUUUCCCAUCCACACGACUGGUGAAUCAGAUAAUGGGAUACAGCCCCCUCUGUUGGUGACUGUUGAUAUUGCAGCACUCUACCAGUGAGGUUUUAUAUGAAGGUUUUGUGUGUUGAACCACUGACUUCGGCAUACUUUGCUCUGAACGGCUGGCUAUGCAUCACUUUUAUACAGUUGCUUGAGAUGCCUUGUUUUGUAAUUUUAAGUACUCUGUGAUUUUAGUUGCCAAACUAUUUUACUCAUACGUUUAUGCUAUUUUCUACUCAUAUGUUUUAUCGUUUUUUUCCCUUACUGUAAGUAAAGAGUUUUAACAGACACACACCCAAGCCUUUUCUCUGAAACCAAACCGCAUCCUGACGUUUGGAAACCACUAUAAUCGACUUCCUCGUUUUCCAAGUGCCUUUGAACAAGUUGACUCGUACACAUCAGUUGAUCAGUUCAGCUAGCUAUUUAUUUCUCCUCUCCCCUGUUGAGCUCUAACCCUCCACUACCUCAUCCCUCUCUCCUCUCCUCCCUCUGUCCCUGGCAGACGGCAUGCAGCAACCCCCUCUCUCCUCUCCUCCCUCUGUCCCUGGCAGACGGCAUGCAGCAACCCCCUCUCUCCUCUCCUCCCUCUGUCCCUGGCAGACGGCAUGCAGCAACCCCCUCUCUCCUCUCCCCUGUUGAGCUCUAACCCUCCACUACCUCAUCCCUCUCUCCUCUCCUCCCUCUGUCCCUGGCAGACGGCAUGCAGCAACCCCCUCUCUCCUCUCCUCCCUCUGUCCCUGGCAGACAGCAUGCAGCAUCCCCCUCUCUCCUCUCCUCCCUCUGUCCCUGGCAGACAGCAUGCAGCAACCCGCUCUCUCCUCCUCCCUCUGUCCCUGGCAGACGGCAUGCAGCAACCCCCUCUCUCCUCUCCUCCCUCUGUCCCUGGCAGACAGCAUGCAGCAACCCCCUCUCUCCUCUCCUCCCUCUGUCCCUGGCAGACGGCAUGCAGCAACCCCCUCUCUCCUCUCCUCCCUCUGUCCCUGGCAGACGGCAUGCAGCAUCCCCCUCUCUCCUCUCCUCCCUCUGUCCCUGGCAGACAGCAUGCAGCAUCCCCCUCUCUCCUCUCCUCAGUCACAAAGGGAGGAUGCUGUGUGGCAGUAGCUAGAUUGUUUAUUGACUUUUGCAUCUGCCUCUGUGUGCCAGUGUGUGGGCCCGUCUCUGUCUGUACUCAUGUCUUUCUGCACAAGCAUGUGCCUGAGUGUUCAUAUCUGUGCGUGCAGACAAUAUACUGCAGGUUGUGUGCGUGUGUGUGUGUGUGUGUGUGUGUGUGAGCAUAUGAUAUCUGAGGCAUUACAGUGUAUAUAGUUCUCUCCUCUACAUGUUGACAUGUGAGCUAGUGUUGUGAAUGACCCCUCAUCCUCUCUCUCGCUCUGUACUCCAUCACCAUAGUAACCACUCUGGGAGAGUACUGUAUGUUACUGUUCCAUCCAUUCUGAAUGUAUUAACUGGUUGCUUGUAUUAUAAUUUACGCUUAUUAUUCUGAAUAAAGAGACAAACUGGA